GGAGGGGGAAAAGGGGAGUUGGAAACGGGAGAGCGACUGGUGAGCAGCCAAGACUCGGGCCUUUCCAGCGGUGCAAAGAAAGGGAGAAGGGAGAGGACAAGAGAAAAUGAGGAAGACGAGGAAUUCUCCCGGGGAUUUUCUGUGCCCUGAAUUAUUCUUUGGCACCGAAUCCAGAAUCUCGAAUGGCAGCGAUGGCCGUCUUAUUGCAGAGCGCAGCCUGAGCGAAGGUGGGCCGACGGGGAGGAAGGCGGCGGUCGGCAGAGCAUCCUACGCUGCUCGUCUCGUCGUCUCGUCUUUCUUCUCUCGCUCAGCAGGAUGGAGAACUGAUCCUGAGGAACUGAUCCAGAGAACUAAUCAGGAGAAUCGACAGGAGACCAGAACGACCCGAACAGAAAAGAGGCUGAGAUGGCAGAUCCCCGCUGAUUUGGGUCCGUCGGAACUUGGCUUCAGCUCUUAUUUAUUAUUAGCAGCGGAAUCUGCCUGCCUGCGCUCGUUUAUAUUUAGCGAUCUUCGGACUCGCAGUUAUAUCAUCUGUCUUAUAUCAUUUGAUUUUUCAGAAAACCCGGCUUUUCUGGCAGCUUGCCUUUUUGGGACGCUGCGUGAUGUAUCAACACGACUCUCCAGCAAGUGACGAGAUCCUCACGUCUCCAUGGAUUUUAUCUAUUUUCCUAUAAAUUCAUAUAGUUUUGAUUCGAUUUAUAUACAAUGGUUCUGUCCUAUCCAUGCUCGAGAUAUCCCAGCGCUCCUGCCGGUUUGGCCAGCAACCUUCCCAAUGCAACCAACACAACCGUCUGCGUAGUCAAGAAUCCUCAAGAAUAGUAGCUCGUACUACGGACUACAGUUGCAUUCUACAUCGGAUCUGCCAGCUGCAACAUCGUGCAUAAACGCAUCUAU